UGUAGCAGGAGGGAGAGGUUCAUGAUGUUCUCCAGGCUGUGUUGCAAGGGAACAAUUGAGAAGGCUUAUAAGCACCUGUGGUGGCUGAGGCUAGAGCAAUUCCUAACCACAUCUUCCUUUGCAGGGGGGGUUCGCACGAUGCUAUGAAAUGACAGACCUCUUGAGCAACAAAACCUAUGCUGUGAAGGUUAUUCCUCACAGCCGGGUGGCUAAACCCCACCAGCGGGAGAAGAUCACCAAUGAGAUUGAGCUGCACAGGGACUUGCACCACAAGCACAUUGUCAAGUUCUCUCAUUACUUUGAGGACUCAGAAAACAUCUAUAUCUUCCUGGAGCACUGCAGUAGGAAGUCCCUGGCUCACAUCUGGAAGGCCCGCCAUACUCUGCUGGAGCCAGAAGUGCGCUAUUACCUCAAACAGAUCAUCUCAGGCUUGAAAUACCUCCACCUCAAGGGCAUCCUACACAGGGACCUCAAGCUUGGCAACUUCUUCAUCAAUGAAAACAUGGAGCUGAAAGUGGGGGACUUUGGUCUAGCUGCUUGUCGUGAUAUCUCUGACCAGAAGAAAAAGACAAUAUGUGGGACCCCCAACUACCUGGCCCCCGAAGUGCUGCUGCGACAGGGCCAUGGGCCUGAGUCAGAUGUGUGGUCUCUGGGCUGUGUCAUGUAUACUCUGUUGUGUGGGAACCCUCCUUUUGAGACCUCUGACCUCAAAGAGACCUAUAGGUGCAUCAAGCAGGUAGAUUACACCCUGCCUGCCUUCCUCUCAGUGCCUGCCAAGCACCUCAUCGCUGGCAUCCUGAAACGCAACCCCCAGGACCGCCUCACGCUUGAGGAGAUCUUGGACCAUGAGUUCUUCAAGGGGUACACACCUGAGAAGCUGCCUCCCAGCAGUUGUGUGAUGGCUCCGGAGCUGUGUCCCCCCAACCCAGCCAAGACUCUGUUUGCUAAAGUCACCAAGACGCUCUUUGGAAAGAAGAAACCCAAGGCCAAGAAGGGCUCUUCAGAGGACAAAGAUGACAUCUCCAAGCUGGUCACUGGGUUGAUGAAGACCUCGAUCUGCAGACAGAUGAGCUACAAAGCUCUAGAAGGGAAUGAGGCCACCCCAGUUUCAUGCCGCAGCGCCAGCUCCAGCCCUGUGGAGACAUUGGCAGAGGAGACAUCUCGCAAGUCCAUGUCCCCCUCUAUCCGGGGGACGAUGGCUAGCAGCUGUGAAGCCUUUGAAGACUGCGUCACUGCCUCUACUGUCAUUGAGUCAGCUGUCCGGCUCCUGCGGACCUGUCUGUCCUGCAUGCCCCCAGCGGACAGAAACCCCGCCUCCCUGGCCCGGCAUGAGCAGUUCGUCUGGGUGAGCAAGUGGGUAGAUUACUCCAACAAGUAUGGCUUCGGCUACCAACUCUCCAACCACAGCAUCGGAGUCCUCUUCAACGACGGCACGCACAUGAUGCUUUCCCCCAACCACAAGAUGGUGCAUUACAACUUUACCAACAGCAGACACAUUGCAUUCCCUGUGUCCAACAUCCCUGAGCAGCUGCAGGGGCAGAUGAGUGUCUUGCGCUACUUUGCAUCCUACAUGGAGCAGCAUCUCAUGAAGGGAGGUGACUUGCCCAGCAUAGAUGACCUUGGGCAGCCAGCCCUGCUUCUCCUGCAGUGGGUGAAGACUGACCAAGCCUUGCUCAUGCUCUUCAGCAGUGGUACCCUCCAGGUGAACUUCUACAAUGACCACACCAAGGUGAUCAUCAGCAAGCCUGACCACUCCUGCCUGGUCACCUACAUCAACCGGGAACGCAACUCCUACACCUACAAGCUGUGCAGCAUCCAGGAGCUGGGCUGUUCUCCUGAGCUCCAGCAGCGCCUCAGAUACGUACUGAAGCUCCUCCAGGAGCGGGCUGAUGCCUAGUUUGGGGCCUUGGGGACCCUCUCUGGACAUAGAGGUCUCCCCUUACCCUCCCAUGGGAUGGGAGGUGUGUUGUGGUGCUGGAUGACUACCUGGGCACCCUGUACUGCGAUGCUCAGUUGGACUCUUAUAGACCAAGACAUGUGGAUGUGGCCUAUGGCAGCUGGUCUAGGCACUCUUUGUCCUUGCUGCUCCUUGGCUCCUGGCAAUCACUGCCUCUGUGCUGGCAGCUCCUGUUCUGGUUGUGCUGGUCUUAAUGGAGUGUGCUGGGGAACUGGAGCAGAGCGAAGGGACAAGUGCCCUGCAACCUGUUUUGGAUUUGCAGCCUGGUGCAUCCUUGUGGUGGUUGGUGCUUCAGCCUUCCUUGGCCAUCACUUGCCUGCAGCCAGAGCUCUGGCUUUCCUGGCACUGGGCAAGUGCCCAGCUGCCAGCUUCACCUGGAAAUUGGGCUCAGGCAUAUUAACAGUCUCCAGAGUCCUGAGUGGAAGGCUCAGGGUGCUGUAGGAUGGGGGUAGCACUCCCCCACAUACACACAAGAGAUGGACGGGGUGAAGGGCAUUGCCUGCCUUGCCCAUGGGGUGUGUGGGCUGGUGCAUGCUGCUCCACAACUACUACACUAAGGAGGGGAGCGGGACAGGGCCCUUUGGGCUGUGCUAGGGCUGACUGCUCCAGCUACUCCUGAAUUUGUGAAUAGUCUGGUACAAAUUGAGGCUUGAUAGGGGGGAAAAAAGGGAUCUGAAGGCUUGUCUGGAGAAGCCCUCAUUUUGCUGGGACCUGUGGGAGGUUUCUUGUUUCAAGGCAGUCUCUGCUGGGUGGGACUAUUUAUGUAUCUUAUUUAUAUGGAUUUAUUUAUUUUCUUGUUGGACUCUUCAUGUGCAGCUCCUUGUCC